CACCAAAUUAAACGGUACAAGAGGGUGUAUCGAAUCGAAAACCAAAAAAAAAAAAAAAUAGAUCAAAAGACAAUUCCUAGGGUUAAAACAGUUUAAUUCCAAUCACAUUUGCUCUUUUGCCCCAAUUCUUGUAGAAAUGGGCGCAGCUUAAUCGUCUAGCAUCUUUUGAAUUCAUUUUGUUGGCUUCUUGAGUUGGACACAUCGACUCAGUCAAAUCGGCCUCACUCUAUUUUGUCACUUGAUUCGAUUCAGUGUAAGGUCCACCCUCACUUGAUUCAAUUCUACUGAAUCUCGUGCAAGUCAUGGAAAUGGGUGAUAGCAGUGCUAAAGAUCUCUCAAAGUCCUCAUCUCCCAUUGUUCUGACGCCACCACUAUUUUCUAGACCUCACUCUGCGUUGGAGAACUCAAGCCCACAACAGGAAGUAAUUGUUCCUUCUGGAAGUCGACCUAGAAAGACGAAAUCGAUAGUGUGGAACCACUUUACGAAGUUGAUUAUAAAUGGUCAACAGAAAGCUAGAUGUGUGCAUUGUCAACGUAUAUUUGGAGGCAAUAGUAAAAAUGGUACCUCUACUUUAAAAGAUCAUCUUACUCGUAGAUGCAGUAUAAGGUUUAGUCAAGUUGCAUCGCGUCAAAAACUUCUGACUUUUAGUCGUAAGCCAGACUCAACCCUCUCGACCAUAGAGCUAGACAGCCAUGGUAAUUAUAAUGAUCAAGCUGGUCUUGAACAUUCCCCUUUACAUUUAGAUGAAGACCCUGAGCGUUUGAUGUCAACUCUAGGUAAAACAAUGGAAAUUGUUGAAGAGCCCAUCGUGGGAACUCCAUGCCAUAGCCCAAACUAUGUGGAGGGUGGAAAUCAGUGUGUUGAACAAGAGAGCGGAUGUUUAAAAUGUUUGGUUAUAAAAGCUACUUAUAAGGAAGAUACGGUUAGGUUUGACUUCUUGCCAACUUCCUCUAGUGUCAGUGAACUUGAGAAAGAAGUGGCGAAGAACCUAAAACUUGAGUCGGGCAAACUCAAGAUCAAAUAUCAGGAUGAGGAUAAAGAGUGGAUGCUAAUGACCAUGGAUUCCCAUCUAAAUUAUGUUUUAAAUCUUUGUAAGUCAUCUAGAAGCAAGAUUGUUAGGCUGUUAGUUAGUGAUUUGUGAUGUCCUGACAAAAGAUUGAGAGAAUCUGUUCUACUAAACUGCUGAUUUUUGAAAGUGUAAACUCGAGGUAAUUAUGUGGACACUUAAGUUGUAUUUGGGAUGGGAUACACUAAUAUUUUCAGUACUAAAGCUGAAGCUUUGCUGUGACAUGCAAAUAGUUUUUGCAACUUUUGACUAAAA